AUGGACCAGUUCAAGACUCAUACCACGUCCAAGGGUGGCCGGGACCGUGGCCACGACAACUGGAGACAGACUAAUCUCGAGGAAAUUACCUGCGACUGUUGCAAAGAGAUGCCCACUGCCCAGACCGUUCACCAGUUGUGCAGCGAAUGCGGCAUCGUCGUCUGCCGUGACUGCGUUGCCAAGGGCGAGAUCUCGAACCUCGGCUCUCACGUUGCUCAUGAGGUUGGCGAUUUCGACUGGGUGGACCGCUACGCACUUUUGACCCAGCACGCCGGCGGAUCGCGCGCUCCUGCUCCAACAUCCGAGGCCAUCGCCGUCCCGGGCCGUCAGGCCAACACUCCUGAUGCCUCGCCCACCAAGGGCCCAUCUUCUGCUUCCAAGAGCUCUGCGAAGAAGGGCAGCAUGGUUCAGACCACCCUCACUACCAACCAGAAUUCGUCCCUGGCUCUCUCUACACCCACCAAGGCCAAGAAUUCCCCUAAUACCGCUCAGCUUCGCCCUUCCAAGAAGACCAAGCAUUCGAAGCAGAAUAAGGCGGCCAAGAAGAAGAAGGGCAAGAAGUCGUACUACAAUUCCGACUCGAACUCCGACUUCGACGACGAGAUGGAUUCGAGCGCGCCCUCCGACAAGGAGUAUGUCCCGCCCGCGGAGGCAGGCGGCAAGGGUUCCGUCCCUGCCGCCACCGCCGAUGCGGGCAGGGGCAUGGCUCCUGUCGGACUGGCGCAGUCCCGUCCCGUCCGCGCCGCUGCCAUCAACACGUACGAGAAGAUGCGCAGCGGCAGCGGCACCGGCACCGGCAGCGUCAAGAAGGAGCCCGAGGCUGAGGAGGAGGAGAUGAAGCUCUCUGAAAUUCCUGAGGCCAACGUCCCGGCCCAGGAUCACGGAUACGCCCAGCAGGGUCAAGUCCAGGGUGGAGGCGCGUACCUCCAUGCCCCUCAGUACGGCGAGGGUCCCCGUCACCUCGGCCUGCCUCAGCUUCAUCCUGGUGCCGAAAACAAGCGUGCGGCGACUGCUGCCGAGAAGCCCCCGGCCGCGAAGCGCCAGAACACGAUCAAGAUGGACUCCUUCACUGCCGGCAUGAGCUCCAUGUCCGCUGGUACCGUUGGUGUUUCCAAGAAGGCCGCGACUCCUCAGAAGGCCAAGGUUUCUCAGAAGGGCAAGGCGCCUGAAGUUGUCCAGGCUUCGCAGGCUUCCCAGCCCCAGGUUUCUGGCCAGGCUCAGUCUUCCAACCAGGCCCAGUCUUCUAACCAGGGCCAGUCCUCCAACCAGGCUCAGUCUUCCGGCCAGGCUCAGUCUUUCCAGACCGUACCGCCCCAGCAGCACGUCUUCCCGCCCCAGCCCAUCGCCCCGAACACCACCCUGGAAGAGCGCAACGCCAACCGCCGCCUCGUCACCGCCGACCUGGGCGAUCUCCUCGAUGCGAUCCAGGCCAAGCUCAAGCUCCAAAUCCGCGCCGCCGGUCUCACUAAGCGCUCGCAGUGUGACAUUGUACUUCGCGAGAUCGUCCACAGUGCCUGGGUUACCAACAUUGUCUUGACGCAGAUGAAGCGCAACAACGGAGAGCUGCCUGCGAUUGCAAUCCUGCGCGGCUAUGCCUUGGCCAUAAUCGCCAACAUGAAGCUGGGAACAUGCCCCCUGACGAGAAAUUGGAUCGACGGGACUGAUCACGCUAUCCAAGCCGUGACUGCGGUCGUUCCUGACGCAAUGCAGAUCGAUGUCGUCCAGCCUGCCGUUCAGCCUGGCCUUACCUACCCCAUCAAUGGCGAGGACGUCGCGGGUGCCAACACUCUGACGUUCAUGUCGGCUGGCGGCCACGGCAACUAA